CAGGGGAGCGCUGAGCAGAGGACAGGCUGCAGUUUCCUGCCAGCUAAGGAUGUGCCUGGCCCCAUAGCCCUGUCCCAGGAAGAGAUGGCCACGGAGAAGCCAGUGACUCCCACUGAGGAGCAGCUGGAGAUCCUGGAGUACAACUUCUGCAAGGUGAACAAGCAUCCUGACCCCACCACGCUGUGCCUCAUCGCGGCCGAGACCGGGCUCUCCGAGGAGCAGACCCUGAAAUGGUUCAAGCAGCGCCUGGCAAAGUGGAGGAAGUCUGAAGGGCUGCCCUCAGAAAGCGGGUCUGUCAGGGACUAGAGGAUGCUGCUCCAACCCCCAUGCCUGCUGUAAAUGAUGGUGAAGCUCAUCAGAGUGGGUUUCCUUGGGGUUCUUCUGUUGCAAUAGGUUUUGAGAUACAAACUAAUACCCUGCUAUUUAACAUAAGUUUUAUUUAAAGUGUACAUAACCAGGAAAAAAGUAUUCUCUAUAUAUAUGUGUAUACAGUUUCUGAUGGCUGCAUAACCUGUCUAGUCAUCCCCAUCCAUUAACAGCAGCUGCACAGGGCAAGGCAAUCUCAUGCCCUUGUCCCAGGCUUCAGAAAAACUGCCAUGAAAAAUUAAAACAUAGAAGGGGGGAAAAAAGAUUUCUUCUCCUUAUGAUCCCCAGAGGCAAAGUAUGUGUGCUAGCUUUAACAUACAGAUCAUCCAGAGAGGGGGCACCUGGAAAAACAGAUGUGUUGUUCAGGUGAUGUUGCUUAGCUCGAGAUGCCCGAGUCAGCUCUGGAUAUUGGCAAACCAAGUGCUUACACCGUAAUCAGACCGAGCCAAGCCCCCCUUGAAUGCAUUUCUCACAUUUCUGUUAAAGGUCACCAAAAAGAAAGAACUGGUCUUUUUUCUUUUUUUCCAAUGCGUUAAUUAAAAAAAAAAAAAGUUUUGU